UCCGACAGACGGAGGCGGACUGGUGCAGUCUGGUCGCUGAGGUUCCUGUCGUCCAGAGAGCUCUGCACAAGCGUUGGAUGGAGAUGCUGACCCAGCAGGGGGCGCUGCAGGAGCUGCAGGGCUUGCUCGGAUGUGCUGAGUCCCGGCUGGAGGAGAAUCUCAGCAGCAUCAAGCGAACGUCGUCCACUCACUCUGAUCUCAAGCAGCAGCUGAGAUCCUGCAAGGACUGUCAGGUGGAGCUGUCCUCCCAUCAGGCCACGCUGGACCUCGUGAACCGGCCGUCGCAGACCUGCAGUACCGAGGGCUGCCAGACGGGGCGCUAUGAACGCAACCAGUUUGCAGAGGAGCAGGGUCGUCUCAACCACCGGUGGCUCCGGUUACAGGAGACGCUCGACUCUCAGAUCCAGGAGCUGGAGCAGGAUUUGCGGAGCAGAGCGGAGCGGGAGGCUCGACUGCAGCAGAUCAACACCUGGAUCACGGAGCAGAACCUCUGGAUGGACUCGGCCCAGACGCCGAGCAGCCAGACGGAGCUGCAGAGGAGCAUCAACAGCUGCCAGAGUCUGGAGGAGAAGAUCCGGCUCAAAGCUGCAGCUCUUCAGGAGCUGAGAGACAAACUCUGUGACGGACGAGGAAGCAGUGACUUGAUCUGCAGGAUUGAUGAAUCCAUCCAGAUCUGUGCAGCUCUCACACAGCGGAGCGACUCUGUGAAGCGGAGGCUGAUUGGGGCUCAGCGGCUGUGGGACUGUGUGGAGACGAGUCUGAAUCAGAUGAUGCAGAAAACGCUGAGAGUGUCUCAGACUCUGGUUUAUCACAGCGACCCUCAGCUCUGCCUGCAGGCGCAGAGGCGUCUGCACGAGCGGCUGCAGCUCCUUCAUGAGGAGACAGAAGCUGCAGAGUCUCUGAGGGACAAGCUGAGUCAAAACGUCUUGUCCCUCAGAGACAUCAUCAGUCCUUCGGCUGCUGCACUUCUCACUGAGCGGCUGGACAGACACACACACAGUUGGACCGUGGCGUCUGGAUCUCUGCACCAGCAGCUCCAGAGGAGUCAGAGGCUCCUGCAGGCCUGGGAGAUCUACUGCGGCCUGGAGGCGUCUUUCUCCCGACGGCUGCAGAAGCUGCAGAGCGACGUCACGUCCGCUCUGAGCGCGGCGCCUGCGGACGACAACAGCACAGAGCAGGUCGCCGUUAAAAUUGAAAAGCUUCAGAGUCUCCUGCAAAGGGCUGACACUUCGCAGUGUGACCUGCAGGGGGUGCUGGAGGCCUCCAAGGACUUGGUUAGUCACCUGGAACCUUCGGCCGCUGCUCUGGUCCAAUCAGAGAGCAGGUUGUUGUCACGUGGUGUCCUGCAGCUCAUUCAGAGGCUCACAGGGGCGUUGGCUCAGCUGCAGGAGGAGCUGAGGCAGCUGCAGGAGUUUGAAGGCGUCCUGGAGUCAGUGGAGACAAACCUGGAGGUCUGGCAGCAGCGUCUGGAGAACGUGGCUCAGACAGGAGACCAGUCUGGCCUCCUGGAGCUGAGCGGCCUGUCUGCUGACCUGGAUGUGCUCAACGAGCUGAGCUGCAGCCUGACGCUGGGCGACGCCGCAGCUCGACACCUGCGACGCCUCAACCGGCGCUGGGCCGACACCUCCGCCAGAGCUGAGGAGGCCUGCAGCGAGCUGCAGACGGAGUCGCUGAGGCAGCAGAGCUUCGAGCAGAAGUGUGAGAGCUGGAUGUCUUUCCUGCAGAGGAUGGAGGACGGUCUGGCUGUGGACGUGGCCGGAUCGUACGCCGGCCUCCGACAGCAGCUCUGCACACACAAGCGGUUCCAGGCAGAGCUGUCCACCGGUCACCAGAUCCUCCACUCCGUCAUCAGCGAAGCUCUUCACCUGCUGCAGAGAGGAGAGCUGGACGACAGGAGUGACUUCAUCCUGAAGCUGGCCCAGCUCAGGGAGCACUGGCAGGGGGCGGUGCAGCGCGCCGACCAGCGGCGCUCCCUGGUGGAGGGGCUGGUGAGGCACUGGCACCUGUACCACCGCAGCCUGAAGAAGCUGCAGAAGUUCCUGUCGGACACGCACGCCCUCCUGCCCCCCGCCGGGCCCCCCCGCUGCAGCCUGCAGCAGCUCAGACGCUCGCUGCGAGACCUCCAGCACACAGAGCUGCUGUUCCAGAGGUAUCAGUGCAGUUUCAUCCACACGCUGGAGGUCGGCCGGCAGCUCUUUGCCAUGGGGGACGAGGAGACCCAGACUCAGCUGCAGACGGACCUGGGGACCCUGCAGGACGAGUGGGACAGACUCCACGCUCAGCUGGGCCGGAGGAUGGACCUCACCGAAGCCAUCGUCAAGAACUGGGAGCGCUGCGAGGCCGAGCUGGCGGACAGCAUGCUGCAGCUGAAGGACAUGAAGACCAUGGUGAACCAGUUGAUUCCAGAGUGGGACGAUGAGCUGCAGAGAAACGAGAAAUUCAACAAG